CCGCCGCCGCCGCCCUCCUCCGGAGAAAGCUGGAGUGAGGCUGUGCGAAGCGCCGCAUUUCAAUGAGAACCGGCACAGGCACAUCCCUGCACUAGCGGCUGCAGCCCAGACGCCCGCGCUCCAGCAGCUGCUGCAGCCCAGCCCCGGCCCCGGCCCCGCCGCCGCCCCGCAGCCCCGCAGCCCCGCAGCCCCGCAGCCCCGCAGCCCCGGCCGCGCCCCGCCGGGUGAGGACAGCACCAGGAGGCGGCCCCGAGCGCGGCCACAAAGACCCCGGGCGGCGUCUCUCCGCGGACCGGUUCCACUUUAACUCCGUCAUGUCCUUCGGCAGAGACAUGGAGCUGGAGCACUUUGACGAGCGGGAUAAGGCUCAGAGAUACAGCAGAGGGUCGCGGGUGAACGGGCUGCCCAGCCCAACGCACAGCGCCCACUGCAGCUUCUAUCGAACCCGCACGCUGCAGACCCUCAGCUCAGAGAAGAAGGCCAAGAAGGUCCGUUUCUAUCGAAAUGGAGACAGAUACUUCAAAGGGAUUGUGUAUGCCAUCUCCCCAGACCGCUUCCGAUCUUUUGAGGCCCUGCUGGCUGACUUGACCCGAACUCUGUCAGAUAAUGUGAAUUUGCCCCAGGGAGUGAGAACAAUCUACACCAUUGAUGGGCUCAAGAAGAUUUCCAGCCUGGACCAGCUGGUGGAAGGAGAGAGCUAUGUGUGUGGCUCAAUAGAGCCCUUCAAGAAACUAGAGUACACCAAGAACGUGAACCCCAACUGGUCCGUGAAUGUCAAGACCACCUCGGCUUCCCGGGCGGUGUCCUCACUGGCCACUGCCAAAGGGAGCCCUUCGGAGGUGCGGGAGAAUAAGGAUUUCAUUCGGCCCAAGCUGGUCACCAUCAUCCGAAGUGGGGUGAAGCCACGGAAAGCUGUCAGGAUUCUGCUGAACAAGAAAACCGCCCAUUCCUUUGAGCAGGUUCUCACUGAUAUAACUGAUGCCAUCAAGCUGGACUCGGGAGUGGUGAAACGCCUGUAUACCCUGGAUGGGAAACAGGUGAUGUGCCUUCAGGACUUUUUUGGUGACGAUGACAUUUUUAUUGCAUGUGGACCGGAGAAGUUCCGUUACCAGGAUGAUUUCUUGCUAGAUGAAAGUGAAUGUCGAGUGGUGAAGUCCACUUCUUACACCAAAAUAGCUUCAUCAUCCCGCAGGAGCACCACCAAGAGCCCAGGACCUUCCAGGCGCAGCAAAUCCCCUGCCUCAACCAGCUCAGUUAAUGGAACCCCUGGUAGUCAGCUGUCUACUCCACGCUCGGGCAAGUCGCCAAGCCCAUCACCCACCAGCCCAGGAAGCCUGCGGAAGCAGAGGAGCUCUCAACAUGGAGGCUCCUCUACUUCCCUUGCAUCCACCAAAGUCUGCAGCUCAAUGGACGAGAACGAUGGGCCUGGAGAAGGUGAAGUGUCGGAGGAAGGCUUCCAGAUUCCAGCCACAAUAACAGAACGAUAUAAAGUCGGAAGGACAAUAGGAGAUGGAAAUUUUGCUGUUGUCAAGGAAUGUGUAGAAAGGUCAACCGCUAGGGAGUAUGCUCUGAAAAUUAUCAAGAAAAGCAAAUGUCGAGGCAAAGAGCACAUGAUCCAGAACGAGGUGUCUAUUUUAAGAAGAGUGAAGCAUCCCAAUAUUGUUCUUCUGAUCGAAGAGAUGGAUGUGCCAACGGAACUGUAUCUUGUCAUGGAAUUAGUAAAGGGAGGAGACCUCUUUGAUGCUAUUACUUCAACCAACAAAUACACGGAGCGAGAUGCCAGUGGGAUGCUCUACAACCUGGCCAGUGCCAUCAAAUACCUGCAUAGCCUGAACAUCGUCCACCGGGACAUCAAGCCAGAGAACCUACUGGUGUACGAACACCAAGAUGGCAGCAAAUCGCUGAAGCUGGGUGACUUUGGACUGGCCACCAUUGUAGACGGCCCCCUGUAUACGGUCUGUGGCACCCCGACAUACGUGGCUCCAGAAAUCAUCGCGGAAACUGGAUAUGGCCUCAAGGUGGACAUCUGGGCAGCUGGUGUAAUCACUUACAUCCUGCUGUGCGGUUUCCCUCCAUUCCGUGGAAGCGGUGAUGACCAGGAGGUGCUUUUUGAUCAGAUUUUGAUGGGGCAAGUGGACUUUCCCUCUCCAUACUGGGAUAACAUUUCUGAUUCAGCAAAGGAGCUCAUCACCAUGAUGCUGUUGGUCGAUGUCGAUCAGCGAUUUUCGGCUGUGCAAGUCCUUGAGCAUCCCUGGGUUAAUGAUGACGGCCUCCCAGAAAAUGAACAUCAGCUAUCAGUAGCUGGAAAGAUAAAGAAGCACUUCAACACAGGCCCCAAGCCGAAUAGCACAGCAGCUGGAGUUUCUGUCAUAGCAACCACCGCUCUUGAUAAGGAGAGGCAGGUUUUCCGACGAAGACGCAACCAGGAUGUGAGGAGCCGGUACAAGGCCCAGCCAGCGCCACCUGAACUCAACUCGGAAUCGGAAGACUACUCCCCAAGCUCAUCCGAGACUGUUCGCUCCCCAAACUCGCCCUUUUAAUAAGACCCUUUUACUCGAAGUCCUAGCUUAACCCUUUGAGACUCUGAGAUUUUUUUUCCAAAUUUAUGUAAAACAGUUUCAUCUGAUCUAUCUAGCACUCAAUGCUUGAAUGGCGGAACACAAAGUGUGUUUUCUGGUAUCUUGGUAGCGAUUUCUCUUUGCUGAAUGAGAUGACCACAUGUUGUUUGCGAAGAUGGCAACUUGCUGCUAAUAGGGUCCUCAAAGGGUUAAGGCUAAUUUGCAACUUUUUUAAACAUAGAAGCAAUGAAUGUGUUCAUCAGUCAAACUAGGAUCUGCAGUAUUGUAAGAUAGCACGUUAACCCUCUGAGUGCAUAGGAUUUUAUGGAGAACCCCUGGGGAAUUUUUCAGGCCUUUGGAUGUAUACACACAUGUUUCUUGAUUUUGCUGCAGAUCAAGGGAUGUUAUUAGAUGCUGAGAUGUCCAGACAAGAAGGACAUCUAGAACGAUAUCUUGCUUGUCAUUUUUUUGUGGGUUUAGAAAAUAGCAGGCUUAUAACUUAGAUAUAAGACCUCUCUUUCUUCUUCACAAUCCCAUUUUGAAAGGGACUUUUUUCACUAGAGGUAUGACUGUCUGCGGCCUCGAGUCCUGCAUCCCAAGUGGAGGCGAUUGGGUCUGUGGCAAACAGCCUGACCCAGGAAAGACCUGGCGCCCCCUCCCCCACAUCGCCUCCCCAUGAAGAUGGGCUGAUGACGCCCCAGAAAUGCUGCUUCCACUUCAGCUGCUGCUAGUGACAGCGCAGGCCCUCAGAAGUCACCAUACCUUGUCUUGUGCGUGGUGAGUGAGGGUCUGCCUGCUCAGUACGAGACAUCUAUAGGGAAAAAAAAAAAAAACAAGACACAACUGGUGGAAAAGAGCAAUAAAUUGCCAGGUGCUCUAUAGGGCUGGGAUUUCAAACAGAAAGAGGAAACAAGAUCCUGUUCUUUUUCUCACCCGCUUUUCAUGCGCUGCAGUCUUCAGUGUGAAAUCCAUAUAGAGUACGAAAUCCGUACCGAGGAGUGCUGGGGCCUAGGGGCCUAGAGGCAAGUGCUUUGCAAGGUGGCUGAGGAGAAAGCGCAAGGGAAGGCACACUCCAGAAUGUUCUAAAGAUGGGUUUUGAGAAAAUAAACCAUUGGUAAGAGAAUUCCAUGUGCACCUUUAGGUUACCUCUGUACAGUCUCCCAGGAAGAACAGGAUGGAAGACCUAGAAGAUAUCCCUGAGAAUAAAACUUCCGUUCCCUAAGAUGACCUUUUGAUACCACUGUCUUAAGCUGUCCAGAGAGACAUGUUGUUUUUCUCCCUUUGGGCCAAGUCCUGUCUGAGACCUGUGUUUUCACUCCUGUAACCAAACCUUUCUGCCUAGCCCUGUAUCCCCUGUGAGUUUCUUCUAGAAUAUGUCCCAUUUCAGAACGGGGGGCGGGGCACGGGCUGUGGCCCUGUCACUGCAGUGCUUAGAGAAGAGGCUGGUCAUGGCAUCUUGGAGGCUGGGGUCCGACUCAAAUGUCCUGCUAAGGUUUGCUCAGCUCUCUGAUCCAGGAAACAACCAGUGAGUGAUGUCUCGUGAAAUUUGCAACCGGACGGCCAAACAGCACUUGCUGUCUCUGUUUUGAAUAUACUUCAGUAUCUGAAAGUCUUGAAAUUUGUAUAGUCAGUUCUUUAUUUUCAGAUAUAGGUUGGUCUUCAGUCGCUGCUUUUCACUCUUCAACUCAUCAACUAUGGUCUCUAUUAAUAUACAUUUUAAAAAUCCCAACAUCUCGUGGCUUUUGCAGCAGAGUUUCCCCAGUUUUUUUCCCCUUCUGCAUUUUGGUUUAUCUCUUUGGUCUGCGUUGUCCUGACAUGUAAACAGUAGAUCAUUUAUUGAGAGCUCCCCCUACCCUUUUAGAGAGUUCUGAAAUGAUAGCACACAACAUCACAAAGUGGCACAAAUCAGUUGGUUUUUUUUGGGGGGGGUGGGGGAGGGCAGAACACCAGGAAGGGUGUUGGUGUGUAGGUAGAUUCCAUAUUAGUGAAAUACCUUGAAUCGGUCAGAAAUUACUGCUUUCUCUAGAACUAUAAAGCAAAGCACUAUUCUAAGACUAAGAAGUAGCUCUAUAGCUUGGCCUCAACUUUAAAUGUGUGAAUAUGAAGAAUCCUAUGGGCAGAGACCUACCUGCAGUAGAAUGUCACUUUCGUUUCUUUUCUCCGAAUUACUCUUUCCUGUGGGCAUUACAUAUAUUGCUACAGCAUCUAUGUCCCGAACUUCCAGUGCAUGGCUCAGGCCUUUUUCCAUCCAAGUCUAGGGGGACCGUGGACCCUGUAAAGCUGGGGAGUGUUUCCCAGCACACUGCAGAGGGGCAUUUAGCAUGGGGAUCCCAGCGCAUCGCUGUAGAGUUUGAGUGAUCUAUGCUGAAUAAACAGUGGAAUGUGACCUGUCAAGUAGAAAUAUUGAGUAAUCAGAUGGAAUGCAAUCUUCAGCAUUAAGCUGUUGAGAUUCUGAAUGUCAGAGAUGUACUCAGAGGGUUAACAGACAAGCACAAGGCAUGUGAUUACAUUGAUGUAUCCGGACUGCUUUGCUUUUAGCCAGUGCUUUCCAAUUUUUUUCACAACAUUCUUGGGAUAGUUCAAGUUUGAAAUAAUUAAGUGGUGGUGUUCUUUAAGGAAUUUCUAUAACCAAAUCGAUCUUAUUUUUUAUUUCACUUUAUCAUAGAAUAAAUAUGUACCAUUAUGGCAGUGUAUCUCUGUAAUUAUCGAUCUCAUCAUUGCCACAGUGUUGCCAUAUUUUUUUUUUCUAAGUAUUUAAUAUAGCUCUUAUGGUGGUGGCCUGGUGAUGGGGACUGUCUUUCCUUUAUUGAUACAUGACCAACCAGAUGGUAUUUUCAAGGGAAUUUUUAGAUUCAUCCUUUCAGUUGGGUAGUAGACUAACUAAAGAAGAACUCCUUCAUGACUUGCAUCGUGUAAAUCAUCUCUGUAGAUGAGAACUGUUCUUAUUGAUGAACACUUUUUUUUCUCGACAUUGUAGCAGAAAUCAUUUUCUUUGUCAUAAUCAAUGAAUAUGUGAUUUGCUCCACAUCCUUAGAAGGAAAAGUAAGAUUGCAGUCGCUGAAAAUGUUUUUACCGUAGCCCUCAUCUAACUUACACGUGGUGCAUAUUAACAUAAGCAGAGAAAACAAAAUACAAAUAAACUGCUGAAAACACUUGGUGUUUUGUAUUCAGUGAGCCCUUCCUGCAAUGCUCAGCACCCCCUUGGGUGGUGGUUAACAGGCCCGUCAGAUAUUGUUGAAAGAAAGCAAUAUAUCCAUGAAUGAAGGCUAAAAUUGCAAUCCUUUACCCUUUGAGGCAUAUUUCAGUUGGAAAAAAAAGAAAAGAAAAGAAAAGAAAAAUUGGUUUAGCUUAGAGGGUCACGGAGCUACCGUAUAACCAAAGCUCGAGCACAUUAAAUCACAGUUGUUUGCUGGCCAACGGUGCCCAUUAGACAACUCUGUACCCCGCGCUGCAGUGCAAUUGUGCUUGAGGGACAGCUUCCCUAAUAUUAUUGUGUUGCCUGCUAGCCCUUCUCAGGGUAAGGAUCUGUCAGCAUUUCCAUGAUAAACUUCUGUUUUCAAAGGUUUUUAAUUUGACCAUAAAAAGGUGCCCCGGGCUGAAGUUUGCUAUAUAGGGCCUGUAUCAAAGAGUGUGAAGGUUCACUUCCUUCUCUUUUCCGCCCAAUUCUCCCUAGAAAAGGGCAGCAACUACAACAAAUUUGGUAUGUCCCCUUCUUCAUGUAAUUGCGGAAUUGUGGAAAGUACCAAGAUCCAAGAUGGUAGUUUCAAUGUAAUGAUUCAUUUGGAUGUGGGUUUAAAAAAAACACGAGUCACCUGGCAUAUACUGUAGAUAACAUAUCUUUUCUGCAAUUUGUAAAUCGUUAAUUUUUUUAAACUGCUACAUGAUUUUUUUUUUUUUUGGUCCAAAGAUCUUCAAGAAACUUGAAGUUGGUCAGUUCAAAGGUUAGCCUUUCCUGCGUGCUUUCUACCAUUUCCAUUAGGAGUUUGGGGAAAAUCCUUUCAGACCGACCCUUACUUUGCAUGUAGUGAUAGAGGGUCAGACAAACACUUCUUUUGGAGAUACGGAUUUCUUUAUUAAAUCAUCAGGUUUCAGGAAGCCACUCUUGUCUGUUGGGAAAAAAUAGUGAUUAAAAGCACUUCCAAAACUAACAUUUUGUCAAUUCAGAUGUGAAAAGAGCAUAAAUGAACACACUUUACACUUUUUUUGUCGUUAUUUAAAGGCAAAUAAAUCAACAAAACUUGAAGACACUAAACAUUUGAUUACUGCAAAUGUGCUUUAAAAUUGGCUCAAUGGUGCUUAUACAUAAACAGUAACAAAUGGGGUUCCUAGGACUGUCGGAAGGAAUUUUUAAUUUGUAUGUAAUUACAUACUUGAGGAGGAGGUGCUUUUAAGCCAGUCUUUUAUUUUUCAAUCAUCUCAAAUAUGCAAUCAUCCAUCCAGUAACAUUAAGGGUCCUAAACUGGUGGGAAACAGGAAAUUCAGUGUAGAAGCUUAGAAUGCCUCUGGCUAGGGUGAGUUUUGGUUUUGUUGUUGUUGUUGAUGAUCAAGCUUCUAAAUGGCAGGUGUUUUGAUCAUAAGGUUUGCAGUAUCUUGCCCUUGGAGACAAGGGAGAAACCUAGUUUCAUUCUUUUUCCCCAAAGGAAGAGCGAUCUCGGUAAUUAAACCCUACCUGUAAAUUUCCUCAACAUUCUUUUUUGGUCAACCGAAAUGAGACCCUUAAUGUUGCUUUAAUGUAAAAUUGUAUAUUUUUGUCUGUGAUAUACUUUAUUAAUUUAAAGUAAAUAAUAGUUCUAAAAGCCUUCACUGUUGGUAUUAAGAGAAAGUAGGAUUUUAAAAGUGAUGAUAAAGAUGCUAUAAUGUCAAUUCAUUCCAGUCCAAUCGAAUGUGGUAAGAAAAAGACCUUGAAUAGUUCUCUAGGGACAAUUUCUCACUUGCCAUUGACAUUAAUCUUCGAUGUAUGCUCAGAAAAAAUAAAAAGAAAUUGAAACUGGUCCAAGGUUAGAGUCAUAUCCUCGAUAACUACUUUUUUUUUAAUUUUAUUAGGAAAUUAAUAAUAGCCUUUUUCAUUCUGGCUGAAAGAAAAUUAUUAAAGGAUUAGUUGAGUGUGAAAUUAAAUAGUAUUUUGCUCAUGCAUACUAAAAAGGUGGGUUAGGUACUUGAUGUGUUUAAACAAGUUUCUGAAAGGUUUCAAUUUGGUGCAAGAAAAAAAAUUCAAUGUUUCCUUUGAAAAUACUGAAUUUAUCAAUGGCUGCAUGGGUCAGAUGGCAUAGGUUAAUCUUUGAUUUUCAGAAUCUUAAUGAAAUAACUUUCAAACGAUUUGUAUCCACGAUUAAAGCUGGAAUGAGAUCCAAUUUUUCCCCUAAUCUCUCAGUUUAAGCUAAUAAAUGUAGGUUAAUGUGGAAUGAAAUCAUCUGUGAUAUAUUAUGUUUAUUUAUCAACUGAGCUUUUUCGAUGUUGCCUGUUUUUAUGUAAAACAUGUUCUUAAAGUUAAUAAAAUAAUAGUACUUGGUGUAUGAACUACUAUGUAAUACCCUA